AUGAUUGCAAUUCUAAACACACCGAUUCCGGCCUUUCUGGCUGCGUAUGCACUUUACUGGAUCAUGAAAUGGUAUCAACUUCGCAAAAUUAUGCCUCCAGGCCCAUUGGGUCUUCCCUUCAUAGGAAACAAAUAUCAGCUUCCCGCCAUAAAACCAUGGAAGAAGUUUGCUGAGUGGAAUACAGAGUACGGCCCUGUGACUUCCAUAUUUUUGGGAUCGACACCUGUCAUCGUUCUCGGUACUGCUCAACCGGCCUGGGAUCUCCUUGAGAAACGGUCAGAUAUCUACUCAAGUCGUCCAAGAUUUGUUGUUGCCGGGGAAAUUUUGUCCGAUAACAGACGAGGGCUGAUGCUUCCAAAUAACGACGCCUGGAGGAAAUGGAGAAAGAUUCUCCACUCAGGGUUUCACUCUAGGCAGGCCGAAUCGUAUAACGACAUUCAAUCAUUGGAGUCCAAAGUGCUUCUGAAGCAGAUUCUUGAUGCUCCAGAAGAAUACGAAAGGCAUAUACAAAGAUUUGCAGCUAGCCUUGCCGUCUCUGUCACUUAUGGAAAACGAAUAAACAGUGUGGAUGAAUGGGUUGUAAAAGCGAACAUGGACGCGAUGGACUGGACUUAUAGCUGGUAUAGCAUUCCUGGCAAAUACCUCGUUGAAUCAUGGCCUUGGCUUUUAAAACUUCCGAGAUCUCUUCAAUGGUUUCGUCGAGAACCUGAAAUGCGGAAGAAAGAAGAUAUACGUUUCCUGACUCACCUUCUAAAUGAUGUUAAAACGAGAAUGGCAAAUGGGACUUCCCAGGACUGUCUCGCCUCUCAAUCUUUAGCAAACAUCAAACAGAUUGGAAUGGAAGAGAUAGACCUUGCGUAUGCAGUUUCGAGUCCUUUUGGAGCUGGAAUCGAGACGACAUCCGGCAGCACUACAUCAUUUAUUUUGGCAAUGCUGCAUUGGCCUGAAAUUCAGAAAUUGGCGCAGGCAGAGCUGGAUGCUGUAGUCGGUCAGGAUCGUAUGCCAGAUUAUGACGAUAGGGGAAGUUUACAAUAUGUCCAAGCCCUUGUGAAAGAAACUCUAAGGUGGCGCCCCGUAGCAAUCCUUGGUGGAAGCCCACAUGCAGUGACUGCUGACGAUGUUUAUAACGGAAUGUUUAUUCCAAAGGGUUCAACCGUUUAUGCCAACAUGUAUGGAAUUAUGAAAGACCCCGAAAUGUUCCCGGAACCUGAUACCUUCAAACCGGAACGUUUUCUAAAAAGUACAAACCCGCGUUUGAUAAACUUUGACCUUCCAUUUGGCUUUGGACGACGCGCAUGCCCGGGAAUACACCUCGCACUCAACUCUCUGUUUAUCAACAUCUCGAGGAUCCUUUGGGCGUUCGAUAUCAAACCUGCAGUUGACGAGCACGGGCAACAAAUUUUUCCAGACGUGAACAAUUAUACCAAUGGAUUCAACUCGCGACCCGUUAGCUUUAAGUGCCAACUGAUACCACGGAACGCGAAAAUUAAGGCUUUGAUUGAAGCGGAAUGGGAAGGGGCAAAAGUACAUUUGGACCAGUGGCAGGCUUGA